GUUAUUAUAAUUAUAUAAAAAAAAAAAAAUCAAAUUGGGUUUUGGCAUCAGAUGCAGUUAUGGGCCUUAUGGCCCACAAAUCAUUUUUGCGCAUAUGAUACACUUGCCCAUGUGUAACCGUGGGUGCUAGUCUUGUAUAAGUAGCUGGUAGUUGAUUUCUAAAUCUAACCGUUAGAGACAUUUUACUAAAUAUAGCAAUAUCAUUUCAAUAGUUGAUUUAGAAUUAAUAGUUGAUAAUGAUUCAUUAACAAAGUUUUGUUUAGUGCAUCAAAAAAAAAAAAAAAACAAAGUUUUAUUGACAAUGAAUUCUUAAGAACCAAUGAAAAUUACAAUCAUGUCAUGUUGUGAGAAUUUAUUAUCAAUAAACGUUGUUAAUAAAUCAUAUUCAUUUAUAAGAGAAUGAAGGGUUGAAGAACAGUUUUAACCUUUUAAAUUUUGGAAAUGACACUUUCGUGUAUCCCUUUAUAAAAAAGGGGGUCACUUUGUCCCUCUAUUUUCAAAGUACAACUUUUUUUUUCUUUCUUUUGUUAUUCCCUUUUGUUUAUAGGUACCUCUCAACAUGGUUUCUUAUGGAUGUGGCAUCAACAAUCCCAUUUGAGGCAUUAGGCUACUUAUUCACAGGCAAAAGCAAAAUGAGUGUCUCUUAUUCCCUUCUGGGACUGCUAAGAUUUUGGCGACUCCGACGAGUUAAGCAACUAUUCAUCAGACUGGAGAAAGAUAUCAGAUUCCCCUAUAUCUGGGUCAGAUGUGCUAAACUUCUGGCUGUGGCGUUAUUUUUAGUGCAUUGUGCUGGAUGCUUGUACUACUUGCUUGCUGACCUGUAUCCACACCAGGGCAAGACAUGGCUAGGGUCAAUAAACCCUAAUUUCAGGCACACAAGCCUUUGGAUUAGAUAUAUUUCAGCUUUAUAUUGGUCCAUUACUACCAUGACCACAGUUGGCUAUGGUGACCUCCAUGCUGUAAACACAGUGGAAAUGAUCUUUAUAAUUUUCUACAUGCUCUUCAACCUUGGCCUCACUGCAUAUAUAAUAGGUAACAUGACAAAUUUGGUUGUUGAAGGAACUCGUCGUACCAUGGAAUUUAGAAAUAGUAUUGAAGCAGCAUCAAAUUUCGUAUCCAGAAAUAGAUUGCCUCCAAGACUGAAAGAGCAGAUAUUGGCUUAUAUGUGCCUGAGAUUUAAGGCUGAGAGCUUGAACCAGCACCAAAUGAUAGAACAAUUACCAAAAUCAAUAUGCAAAAGCAUCUACCAACAUUUGUUCUUACCAACAGUGGAGAAAGUCUACCUUUUCAACUGUGUAUCAAGGGAAAUUCUAUUACUCUUGGUUGCAAAGAUGAAAGCUGAGUACAUGCCUCCUAGGGAGGAUGUGAUCAUGCAAAAUGAAGCACCAGAUGAUGUUUACAUAAUUGUGUCUGGGGAAGUGGAGAUUGUUGACUGUGAGGGGGAGAAAGAAAUUGUUGUAGGAACUCUCCAAUCCACAGACAUGUUUGGAGAAAUUGGUGCAUUAUGUUGCAGACCUCAGAGGUUUACAUUUCGAACAAAGACAUUAUCUCAACUCUUGAGGCUCAGAACUAGUGAUUUGAUUGAAGCAAUGCAAGCUAAACAAGAAGACAAUGUUUCCAUGCUUAAAAACUUCCUCCAUCAAAACAAGAAGCUUAAGGAUCUUAAAAUUGGAGAUUUAAUAUUCAAGGGCGGCGAUGAAGAUGAAGAUCCAAACAUGUCGAUUAAUCUGCUGUCUGUGGCUGGAAUAGGCAAUGCUGCUUUUCUUGAGGAACUUCUAAAGGCAAAGUUGGAUCCUGAUAUAGGAGAUUCCAAGGGGAGAACUCCCCUGCAUAUAGCAGCAUCAAAUGGACAUGAAGAUUGUGUAAUGGUACUCAUCAAGCAUGCCUGCAAUAUCCACCUUCGAGAUCUGAAUGGUAACACUGCAUUAUGGGAUGCAAUAUCAUCAAAACACCAUUCAGUAUUCCGGAUCCUAUACCAUUAUGCGGCCAUUUCUGACCCCUUCACUGCGGGUGACCUUUUAUGCACUGCUGCUAAAAGAAAUGACAUUGAGGUGAUGGAGGAACUACUGAGACAUGGGUUGAAUGUUGAUGCAAAGGAUCGCCAUGGAUUGACAGCAUUACAGAUUGCCAUGGCAGAGAAUCAUGCAGACAUGGUUAAUUUUCUAGUGAUGAAGGGGGCAAAUGUUGCGAAUGUGAGUACUCAUGGGUUAUCUUGUAUGAAUUGGAAUGAAAUGGUGCAAAAUCAAGAAAUUGAGCACAGAAUCACAAUUCUGGAUAGCAAUCUUAAUGGAGCCUCGAAAAGGAUGGAAGGAGGACAUGAAGAAAAAUGCCAUGGAAUCAAUAAUCUAAGGGUGAGUAUUUAUAGAGGCCAUCCUUUAGUGAGGAAGGAAACUUGUUGUAGGGAACCGGGGAGACUAAUAAAGUUGCCAAAUUCACUUGAGGAGCUCAAGAAAAUUGCAGGAGAAAACUUACGAAUUUCUGAUGUCACAAAUGCUACUGUGACAAAUGAAGAAGGAGAUGAAAUAGACUCCAUUGAAGUUAUUAGAGAUAAUGAUAAGCUUUUCAUCAAUGAAAGCCCAAUAAAUUCAACAGUUUUAUAAUAGAAAGAGUAUAUUCAGGUUCAAGUUCAUCCUUAUAAAAUUGUACAACAUUAUCUCUGGUGAUCAAGAAAAAAUUUAGCUUCUU